AUAGAGGCAAUAAUUUGUAGUCCUGUACAUUCAAUAUCUGUAUUUCUUGACGUCGCAACAUUUACUUGUCAAACCCUGCGUUUAUUCUUAACAGAGGCUGAGAGACGACUUUUUCAAGUCGUUAUUUAUUCAGAAGUUAUGUUUUGAUAUUUGAAGUUCCGACAUACACUAAUCAUAGGACAAAACACUAUUAAUCAUAGUGAAAAGAAUAAAAUGAUAUUGCCUCUCAUACGACGUAUGACAUUAAUGCAAGUCCAGAUCCUAUCGAGCAAAAAUUCAAAAGGAAUAACGAAAUGCCGAAGGUCGACAAUGAUUCGUGAAUUAUUUCUGAUAUUCGAUAGAAAAGUAUAUUUUCUUGGAAGGUGAUAUUUGCACUACAUAGUACUACAAGAAAACCGAAGUGAACUAACAUAAGAUACAAAGUUACACAAUUCUUAUUGAUGAUAUCAACAUAAGCAUGGACUUCCAAAACGUGAAUUCCUUAAAUGUUAAGCUAAACUUGCUUUCGGGCAAUCUGUUACCAAUCAGUAACGAUUCGCCUUUUCCAUUCUUCUGGAAGAUAUAUAGUGCUUUUACAUGGCUACUUCAAAUUAUUCUAGGAAUCGUGCUAAUACUUGGAUGUAUCUCGAAUGUGUCACUGGAAAAGAUUAUAAGUGACACUAUAAUCACCUUUGUAGUUUUAAUAGAAGUAUUGUUUAUGAUCAUGCGAAUUUAUAUUCAUAAGGACUUGAUAUAUCUGUUAAUUCAAAAACUGAAUCAGAUUCUAUAUACUGCCGAUGAAACUAUGAAGAAUAUUGUGACGGUAACUUUGGAGCCGAUAAAGGUUCCAUUAAAUAUUUAUUGGGUCACCGGCGCAAUGUCAACUUUUACUUGGAGUUGUAUGCCAUUACUGCUGAUCUUCGAGAGGAAUCAGUUCUAUUACGAAGACUACAGAGCACCUGUUGUUUUUUCCAAACAAUCAUUUUCAUUGAGCAUCUUUUUACUAGGAAGUUUAUUCCUAACUAUCAGCAUGACAAAUAUGUUCUUAAAGAAAGCCAGUGUAGAUGUGUACAUGAUGCAUCUGGUUUUGAUGAUAACCGCCCAAUAUCGAUACUUUGCGCUGAAAAUAGCGAUAAUAUUUCAAGAAGAAAAUAAAGUAUAUCGUCUUUGUUAA